ACCUCCUUUCGCUACUGGGGUGUACUUAUUACGAGAGCGUAAUUGCUGGACUCCAAAGGUUGGCGAGGCCAUGGCGUGGCAAUAAGUGCGAGCGCUAUCUCGCCCUUCCAUGCUCGGGGUGGCUGUUAAUCGGUUUUAUUCCCGGACCACGAUUGAGCGAUACGGCAUCCGUUUGUAGCAGCAGCAGUUCAUUGAUACCAACCACUGGGGACAGUUUGUCCAGGAACAGGGCUAGUAGCCGCGAACUUAUUCUGAGUGAUAGUCGUGCCAGAUCAGCGCAAAACAUAAUGCCGUCAAGCACAGCCGUGAACAAAGACCUGCAGGCGGAGCGGGACAAGUGCACGUUCAACAAUGAAGAGUUUACCCUCUGGUGGGUGGGAGGUGAAACGAAGCUGAAGGAAAAGCGAUUCCGUGAGGACUUCUUUCUCAAUGAUCCCGAGCUCGAGGAGAAGGUACCGCUACACUUUCUGUCUCAUAAGGAGGUGUACGAGGAGUCGGUCCGCAAGGCGACCGUUGCCUUCAAGAAGGUGCGCACACUGCACGAUGGCGUCGAUAACUAUUCAGCCUUGCUUGGUGGACUGCUGGGAACGGGAAUACUGAAGCAGGGUAACCCGCUAACCGUACACUACGUGAUGUUUCUACCGGCCCUACUGGGUCAUGGUACGCCGGAGCAGCAGGCCGAGUGGUUUGGACGGGCCUGGAAUUGCGAGGUGAUCGGUACUUACGCCCAAACCGAGCUCGGUCACGGUACGUUCCUGCGUGGAUUGGAAACCACCGCCACCUAUGAUGAGCGAACGCAGGAGUUUGUCCUGCACAGUCCAACGCUGACGGCGUACAAAUGGUGGCCAGGAGGAUUGGCACACACGGCCAACUAUUGUGUGGUGAUGGCGCAGUUGUACUCUAAGGGCAAGUGUCACGGAAUUCAACCAUUUAUCGUACAGCUGCGUGACGAGGAAACGCAUAUGCCGCUAAAAGGCAUCACGAUCGGAGAGAUUGGCAACAAGCUCGGCAUGAACGGAGUUAACAAUGGCUUCCUAGGGUUCGAUCAAGUCCGAAUUCCACGCAAGAACAUGCUGAUGAAGAACGCCAAACUACUGGAGGAUGGUACGUUCGUGAAGCCACCAUCGCAAGCCCUUACCUAUGGAACGAUGAUGUUCGUGCGUGUGGUGAUCUGUCGCGAUAUGGCGGCGUAUCUUUCGAAGGCCGUAACGAUCGCUGUUCGCUACUCGGCCGUACGUCGCCAGAGUCACAUUAAUCCUGAUCAACCGGAGGUACAGGUGAUUGACCAUCUGACGCAGCAAUACAAACUCUUCCCGGCGAUUGCGAAAUCCAUCAUCUUCAAACUGACGUCCGAUAACCUAUGGGAGAUGUACAACGCGGUUACGUCCGAGCUGGACAAGGGAGACCUCGAGCGGUUGCCUGAGCUGCAUGCGAUCGCCUGUUGUCUGAAGGCGAUCACAACGGCUGAUGCCGCUACGGGUGUGGAAGUUUGCCGAAUGGCAUGCGGUGGUCAUGGUUACAUGACGUGCGCCAACUUCUACGGUACCUACGGCAUGGUAACGGCCGCCUGUACCUACGAAGGAGAGAACACCGUUCUACUGCUACAGACAGCAAGAUAUUUGCUGAAAGCGUGGCAUCAGGCCCAGCGUGGCCAGGAGCUCGUACCCACCGUCCAGUAUCUGGCACGAUUUUUGGCCAGCAGUAAUCGGCGCAUCGAAUGGGAUGAUUCGGUUGCUGGCAUCGUCCGGGCACUUCAAACCGUCGCAGCAGGUAAGCUAAGGCUUGCGGCCGAGAAUAUUGCUAAACGCCAGAAGGCGGGCGCAACGAUGGAGGAAGCUACGAACCAGACGUCGAUCGAGCUGGCCCGUACCGCUGAUUCGCACUGUCGAGCCUUCCUGGUUCAGUCAGGCUAUGAGAUGAUCGAGAAGAGCUGCGAAUCGCUUUCACCCGAGGUGGCACGUGUUCUGCGCACGAUCUAUCAACUAUACGCGUACGAUGAGGCGCUAAAGGCGGUCGGUGAUUUGCUGCGGUUUACGACGAUCUCCGAGAGUGACAUCAACCGACUGCAGGCCAAGCUGGAGGUAAGUCUAGCCGAGUUGCGACCGAAUGCCGUCGGUAUCGUAGAUUCGUUCGAUAUUCCGGACGCGGUGCUUGGCUCGCCACUCGGAGCGUACGAUGGUAAUGUGUACGAGCGGCUAUACGAGGAAGCCAAAAAGAGUCCGCUCAAUCAGGAACCCGUCAAUCAGUCAUUCCAAAUGUAUCUGAAACCAUUCAUGAAGUCCAGCCUAUAAGCCGAGCCAAACCAUGACCAAGGCGAGCCUUGAUCAAAUUAUACCUACGGUGCCUUCCAUAUCUUUACGAUAUCUUGACAACUUUACACGAUUAACUGCGACUUACUGGUGAUAGUUUUCUUCUUUUGCUUUCUGUGACAUUCGUGCAAGGCCGACGGAUGCAAGGAUUGUUAUUUUGUUUUACAUAUAUGGUGUAAACUAAGUAUUUCUUUUUUUUUUUAAAUAAAAUGCAGUAACAUAUUCAGUGAAUGAACCAAAU